ACUAAUUAACUUGCUUUCUUCUUGACCUCCAUGAUAUUUCUUAACUCAUUUUUUGCGCAGUGAUGCUUCACUCUGUGAUGUGUUCUCAGCCUCCCAGAACUGAAUUUCAUGCCAAGGAGUCAGCAUAACACUUCAGGUAUUGAAUGAAAGAAAAUGCCUCAACCGAUGCAUUUGAAAGAAGGAUGUUCCCUUCCUUUGUAAAUGCUACAGGAUCAGCCAACAACCUGCUGCAUCUUCCAAAGCAAGACUAGGAGAGAAUGAAGAACAGUUAAGAUCAGAAGCCGGAACCACCACCUGCCUUGAUUUUGCAUUAAACAAUAAUCAUGAAGUUGCAGUUUUCUAUUGUUGCAAUUAUUCUAUUAGGCUCCACACUGUCUUUCUGUGGCAUGAUUGUAGCUGACUUGAAGUCUGACAAACAAGCUCUGUUGGAGUUUUCUUCAAGUGUCCUACAUGCCCCAAGACUCAACUGGAAGAAUGACUCCGCUUCAAUUUGCAUCUCAUGGGUUGGUGUGACAUGCAACUCAAAUGGCACACGUGUCAUAGGCCUUCACCUUCCAGGAAUGGGAUUAACUGGGACCAUUCAAGAGAGCAGCAUAGGAAAACUAGAUGCUCUUAGGGUCCUCAGUCUUCAUUCCAAUGGUCUCAGAGGAAAUCUUCCUUCUAACAUCCUCUCUAUUCCUUCACUCCAAUUUGUAUACCUUCAGCACAAUAACUUCUCUGGUGUUAUUCCUUCUCCUGUGUCCCCUAAACUCUUUGCAUUGGAUAUCUCCUGUAACUCCUUUUCUGGCAGCAUCCCACCUGCAAUUCAGAACCUGAGAAGACUCACUUGGUUGUAUCUCCAAAACAAUUCCAUAUCUGGGGCUAUUCCUGACUUCAACCUUCCAAGUCUCAAACAUUUGAACUUGAGUUAUAAUAACUUCAAUGGCUCAAUUCCAAAUUCCAUAAAGACAUUCCCUUAUUCUUCUUUUGUCGGGAACUCUCUCUUAUGUGGGCCACCACUAAAUGAUUGCUCUACAAUCUCCCCUUCUCCAUCUGCUUCCACUGAUGAUUACCCGCCACUCACCCCACCUACCAUCCAAAACCAAAAGGGUACCAACCAUAAGAAAAGCUUUGGCCUGGCUCCUAUACUUGCUCUAGUCAUUGGGGUCUUUGCCUUCCUCUCUCUGCUAGUUGUAGUGAUCUGUGUCUUCUGUUUGAAGAGGAAGAAGAACAGUAAAAGCAGUGGCAUACUGAAAGGAAAGGCUUCGUGUACUGGAAAGACAGAGGUUUCCAAGAGUUUCGGAAGUGGGGUGCAAGGGGCUGAAAAAAACAAACUAUUUUUCUUUGAAGGUUCCUCUUCAACCUUUGACCUUGAGGAUUUGCUGAAGGCUUCAGCUGAAGUUCUUGGAAAAGGAAGCUAUGGAACAGCAUAUAAGGCUGUUUUGGAGGAGGGAACAACAGUGGUAGUGAAAAGGUUGAAAGAAGUUGUGGUAGGAAAGAAGGAGUUUGAGCAGCAUUUGGAGAUUGUAGGGAAAUUUGGAAGCCACCCAAAUGUGAUGCCCCUAAGGGCUUAUUACUAUUCCAAAGAUGAAAAACUUCUGGUUUACAACUACAUGCCAGGUGGCAGCUUGUUUUUCUUGUUGCACGGAAACAGAGGUGCAGGAAGAACCCCACUUGACUGGGAUUCCAGAGUGAAGAUUUUGCAUGGAGCUGCCAAGGGAAUUGCUUUCAUCCACUCCGAGGGAGGUCCAAAAUUCACACAUGGCAACAUCAAGUCAAACAAUGUGCUGAUAACCCAAGAACUAGAAGGAUGCAUCAGUGAUGUUGGAUUGCCACCUCUAAUGAACACCCCAGCAACCAUGUCUAGAGCCAAUGGCUACAGAGCUCCAGAAGUCACAGACUCAAAGAAGAUCACUCAGAAGUCUGAUGUAUACAGCUUUGGCGUGGUGCUGCUUGAAAUGCUGACAGGGAAGACCCCACUGAGGUAUCCAGGGUAUGAGGAUGUGGUUGAUCUUCCAAGGUGGGUGAGGUCUGUGGUUAGGGAGGAAUGGACUGCAGAAGUGUUUGAUGAGGAGCUUCUGAGAGGGCAGUACGUUGAAGAGGAAAUGGUGCAGAUGCUUCAGAUUGCAUUGGCAUGUGUAGCUAAGGGCUCAGAAAAUAGGCCUAGAAUGGAUGAAGUUGCUAGAAUGAUUGAGGAAAUAAAGCAUCCGGAGUUGAAGAACCGGCCAUCUUCUGAGUCUGAAUCUAAUGUGCAAACACCAUGAUCAAUCUUUUUGUCUUUUCCUUCAACUUUGUUUCAGAGGGAGAGUAAUAAAAUUUCAAGAGAAUGGGGUGUUCUCGUAUUUUGUUCUGUCCUCAAUUAAUAAGCAUGUUUCAUUGUAAAAUACUACUCAUGUUUUUUUUUUUUUAUUAUUCAUGUUGCCACCUUAACAGCUUCCUUCAUGUUUCACAAAGUUAUGAAAAAUUUGGCUCAUUGUUGUUCA